GCAAUGGUGUUCAGUACUUACAUAUACAGAUCCUUGUUUAUUAUUGUCAUAACGUACUUACUAUGGAAAAUCAGAGCUUUUAUGGUGAAAUUCAGACAGUUGCGAGCAGCAACAUUCGGACAAAACAUUACAACUCUUGGUCCGAUUCAUCCUAUUUGGGGCUCUCUUCAUUUGUUUCAUGAUCUUGCAUCAUAUUUCAAGCUUCUUGGACAGAUUGUUGAAAAGGAGAGACCUAAGGUUUAUGUUUAUUGGAGUAUGUUUUUCUAUGCCAGUUUUGGGGUCUGCCAUCCAGACUCGGCACAGAUACUGUAUAAAUCUUCAGCACCUAAAGCUUAUGGUAGCGGAGGGGCCUACAGAUAUCUCAGAGAUUGGAUAGGCGACGGUUUGUUGAUAUCUGACGGAAAAAAAUGGGAACGGAACAGACGCCUUUUGACCCCAGGCUUCCAUUUUGAAAUACUCAAACCAUACGUUGAAGUAUAUAAUAGCGUUACUGAUAUAUUUCUUGAAAAACUGGAGUGUUAUUCCAAAAGCGGCGAUGCAGUAGACAUUUUCCCGCGUGUAGCGCUAGCAACCUUAGACACUAUAUUAAGAUGUGCCUUUUCGUACCAAGGAAAUAUACAAGAUCAGGGAUCAAAACAUCCCUAUGUUCAUGCUGUAAACAGAUUGUCAUAUUUAACGCUGUCGAGGUGCUUAAAGCCUUGGUAUCAGAUUGAUUUCAUCUAUCAAUUUUCUAACGAAGGAAGGGAAAUGAAGCAGCUUUGUGAUUAUUCACACGAAUUUUCUAACAGAAUUAUAAACGAAAGGCAGCAACUUCUGAAGAAAAAAGGUCUACCAACAAAGCGCCAUCUUAAUUUUCUAGAUAUACUUCUUACAGCUAAAGAUGAAAAUGGAAUAGGACUUUCUGAUGAAGAUAUUAGAGCUGAAGUGGAAACGUUUAUGUUUGAAGGUCACGACACCGUAGCUUCUGCCAUUAGCUGGUCUAUAUACUGUUUAGGGAGAUAUCCGGAGGAGCAGGAAAAAGUAUAUACUGAAAUAUCAGAGGUACUCGAAGAUAGGUUAGAGGUAACGUGGGGAAAUCUUCAAGAGAUGCCUUGCCUCACAGCUUUUGUGAAAGAAUCAAUGAGAAUGUUUGCACCAGUGCCGGGAACAGCACGCUUACUGACGUCACCGAUGACGUUUGGUGACAUAACAGUACCAGCAGGUGUUCAUAUAGAUAUCAGUAUUCACUCGAUUCAUCAUCAUCCAGAUGUUUGGCCUGAACACGAGGUAUUCAAACCGGAGAGAUUUUUGAAAGAAGAUAUAACUGAUAGACAUCCAUACAGCUAUAUACCAUUUGCUGCUGGGUCAAGGAAUUGUAUUGGCCAAAAUUUUGGAAUUAACGAAUUAAAAGUUAUGAUCAGCAGAUUAGUUCAGAGAUACAAAGUAUCACUGGUAGAUGGUCAUAAUUAUGAAAUCAAUCCAGAACUAAUCAUGAGGGCAACACAUGGGAUCAAAGUGAUAUUGGAAAAUCGUUUGAUCGAGAAAGAAUGGCAAAUCGUAUAAAGCGUGUUGAAUUUAAAACCAGAAUAGUUUACUCAAAUGAAGUACCAACAUAGGGUUAACUAAUAAACAUCAAAUAAACAUCUGAGAUACUGAAAUUACAUUUCCGAAAAACGUAUUGGUACCAUCGCUUCUUAUUUAAAACUUAGAGAUGGAACUGUCAACAGCAUUAUUUUUUAAUCUUUAUUUUGAAGAUGUUAGUCUAGUUCUAUCCUUGUCAUUUGAUAACUUUGAUACCUUUGUUACUUGCGGUAGAUUAUCAGUGUCCUGUACGAUACUUGAAUCAGAAAUUUUUGUAUCAAUAUUAAAAACUGGUAAUAAUCUAGGAGAUUCGAGAAGAAGAUAGUUUUGAAGUUCAUGACCAUAUUUAAAUCUAAAAUAUAAUGAUAAUUCUUAAAUGAUUUGCAUAUCUAUAAAUAGCUAUUUUUAUUUUA